CCAAAUAGCCCUUUUCGAACGGCCAAAAAUUUCAAAUACAAUUGAAAACAAUGUUAAAUCUAGAGCGUUAAAGUUGUAAAACGAUCGAAUUCAAGUCGUGGGAAAUAAUUUAACAUGAAUUAUAUUUCAGUAUUAUGAUUUAUGAAUGGCUACCGUGUACUUUUUUUUUUUUUUUUUUUUGCUACUCCUGAUUGAGAAUCCUAGUUCAGCCCUUGAGUAUGACAUACCUUUCCUAAUAUAACUAACCACAUGUAGAGCAUCAUUUCACAUCAACAAAGUCUACGCUUCAAACCGAUAUAACAUGCUACGCAUUAAUAUGUAUAAAUUGUCAAUUAAAUUAUUUUAUUACAAGUUGGAUAAUGUGAAAAGCUAUAUUUAAAAAAUCAUAUACGCCUUAAAGCUACAACUUCUAAAUCGUAUCUCAAAACUAUUAUGAAUGACAUGAAGUUUCCAAUGUUUUGGAACGGCAACAUCAAUAUUCUAAUGUUCUUCCUUUCCGUUCUUAUUACUACUGUUGUAGCUUCCACUCAAUCUCACUCGUCCAACUUUUAUUGCCUAGACAAUGUUGGCAACUACACAACUAAUAGCAUAUACCAAAACAACCUCAAUGCUCUCCUUCCAUACCUCACAAAUAAAGCAUUGCUUACGACUUUUGGCAACGCAUCCGUUGGAGAAGGGAUUGACCAAGUCUACAUGCUUUAUAAUUGCAGAGGUGAUCUUAAUUUACAGCAAUGCCACGAUUGCAUCAAUGCAGCAGCACAUAUGAUUACACAGGAGUGCCCAACGCAGAGAGAAGCAAUCUCGUGGUACCACGAAUGCAUGCUUCGGUAUGCAAAUCGCUCAAUUUUUUCACUCGAAGAAGAAAGCCCUCAUAGUUGGGAUUACCUUUCUGGAACAGACCCUAAUCCACAACUAGCUAAAAUUGUAGCGGAGAAUAUAGAAGGUUUGAUAGAGGAAGCAGCAUACAAUAAAACUACUAGGGGUUUUGCUACUGGCGAAGUCAAUAUUGCGUUGGAGGAUUCCAUAUAUUUCCUUGUGCAAUGCACUCCUGAUAUUCUGGGGAGCCGAUGUGAGAGAUGCCUACGAGCAGCAUUUAGGUCGAUGGCCGGAUGUUGCGGCACUAGGAGAAGUACCUUGAUGAUGUUUUUCCCGAGUUGCCAUAUUCGAUAUGAACGCGCACCUUUUACACUUAAUGGGGCCAAGGCUAACAAGCAUCGCCAAAAUUUUCCUAUUAUGCCAUCGUUUCCACCACCACCAAAUUCAGGCGGAUCUUCUACAAGAAAACUAACCUCACACGCGGAGAUUUUCAUGAUUGGCUUAAUUAUGCCACUUGUUAUGUUGCUUAUUAUGCCAACUUAUAACUAAAUACAUUAAUUGGGCCCGUUGAUGGGGCUUCGCGCGUAUAUUUAUUUUACUUUUCAUCUGGCAACUAAAACUCAUUUUCAUUUGAUAUCUUGGACGAGUAGGUAGUUUUGGUGGUCAAGCCCAGAAAUUGAUAUCAAUAAUCAUUCGAUACUCUUGUCGUUUUGUUUUUUGGAAAUGUCCAAUAGUAUGCUACUAUACUUAGAGAAUUACGAAUGGUAAAUUCAACUUUUUUUUUUUUCUCAUUAUUAUACCAUUCCAAGUUUAGCCAAAAGUAGCAUUAAUGAGGCUUAAACAUUAAUUUCAAUUUUAGUUUUAUUAUUAUAAGCAUUAACUAAUGGCAAAAAAUGUUACAUUAUAAAGAUCAAAUAAAGACUUUUUUUUUUUUUUUUUUUUUUUUGAUCCAUAUGAGCCACGAAGGCGGUACAAAGUACAAAGAAGGGGAGUGGGGAUUCGAACCUGUGACCUAUAGUUCACAGUACCUCAAUCUUAACCACUAUGCCAAGACAUCCUUGGUAGAUCAAAUUAAGACUUUUAGCAUGCAGGGGAUAUAAGACUAAUGGAAAUUUUGAAAGGAAGGGUAAAUAAAUGAAUGGCUGUGAAGCAAUAUAGCAAGAUAAAGUUGUUAAUUAUCAUUAAAUUUCAAAAGGAACUUAACCACCAGAAAAUGGAAAGAGUGCUAUGUAUAUGAGCCUUAAGUUAUCACAACUUGUCACAUUAAUUAGACAAAUUUCAAUGUGAAAAAAGCAUGAAAGUUCAGCACUAUGAUCGACUCUACUCAUAUAGCAAUAUAUAUGUUUGCUCAUGAGUUUGGCUUUUACGGAUACAACAACUAGAUUGCGUUGUGCUUUAUGAGAUGGACCAAAAACGUCUCUUAUCUUGCCAAUUACUAUAAGCAUUAACUAAUGGAAAAAACAAUUGCAUUAUAAAGCUCAAAUUAAGACUUUUAUUUUCAUAAGAAAAUAAUAUAAUAAAUACCCAUAUAACAUGCUAUCUAUAAUCUAUCAAUCAAAUUAAGAACAAGCAGGAGAUAAUUCUGAACAAAAAGAACUUAAUGG